AAGAGGACGGCGGACAGGGCGAAGUUAGUGUGUGUUCAAAACCAGCAGGUAUUUCUGUCAAGCAGUGCACGGACUCACUCACCGUGGGGAUCCCGAGCGGCUGUCAUGAAGAGCCUGAGCGGCGGUACGGGUACGGCCGCCGCCGCCGCGCUGCUGCAGCUGGUGAUCCUGAUGCUUCCAGAACAUUCGAUAUUUGCAUUGAAUGGAACUUGUGUUUGGUACGGAGAAUGUGGGAAAGAUCCAAUCUCUCAGAAGCGGUAUAAUUGCAAAUAUAGCGGCCCACCAAAACCGUUGCCUGAAGAGGGAUAUGCAUUAAUUGAUGAAUUGUGUCCAAGUUUUCACUAUGGAAAUCUUGAUCUUUGCUGUGAUGUUCAACAACUACAUACACUGAAGGAUAAUAUGCAGCUACCACUGCAGUUCUUGUCCAGAUGUCCAUCUUGCUUUCACAAUUUUAUGACCUUUUAUUGUGAACUGACCUGCAGUCCUACUCAAAGCCUUUUUCUGAAUGCCACCAAAUUUGAACCAUAUGUCCAGAACCAAACCAGCAUCACUGAGGUGGAAUAUUACAUUGGAUCAAGUUUUGCAAAUGCUAUGUAUAAUGCCUGUAAAGAUGUUCAGUCCCCUUCAAGUAAUGACAAGGCUUUGGGGCUGCUUUGUGGAAAAGAUGCAAAAGAUUGCAAUGCAACCAACUGGAUUCAGUACAUGUGUAGCACUAGCAAUGCCCAGACUCCCUUUAACAUCAUUCCCAUCUUCGGUGAUCAUCCAAUUGGAAGAAUGACCCCCAUGAAUAAUGAAACCAGAGGUUGCAAUGAGACGUUGGAUGAUGGUUCUCCACCAUGCAGUUGCCAGGACUGCUCACUGGUUUGUGGCCCAAAACCAGUUCCCCCACCAGCACCUAUCCCAUGGACCAUUUUUGGUUUGGAUGCUAUGGCUGUUAUAAUGUGGAUCUCCUAUUUGAUCUUCCUGGCUGUCUUUGGCGGAGCAGUCUUUAGCAUGUGGUAUUACAGGAAAAUGCACAUUGCUUCUGAAUAUGCACCAAUUAUUGAUACCAGUUUAAAUCAUUCAGACAUCAUCAGUCAUGAUCUAGAUAACAUAUCAUGUUGUGAACAGCUUGGUGCAAAAUCAGAAGCGCUCCUCCGUGAACUAUUCACACAGUGGGGGUCCUUCUGUGUGAGAAAACCUGCUGUAGUUAUUGUGCUGACCAUUAUUGCAGUGGGAGUCUGCAGCUCUGGUUUGGUAUUCAUGAAAGUAACGACUGAUCCAGUCGACAUUUGGUCUGCACCAUCUAGCCAAGCUCGCAAGGAAAAGUAUUAUUUUGACACCCACUUUGGACCCUUUUUCCGCACUGAGCAGUUGAUUAUUACAGCCCCAAAUAGCUCGUGGACCACUUACUCUCCUUAUCCAUCUGGGUCAGAUGUGCCAUUUGGCCCUCCAUUGGGCAAGGACAUCCUACAUCAGGUACUGGAUUUGCAGGAUGCUAUUCAAGAUUUGGAAGCUUAUUACGAGAAUGAAACUGUGAAGCUGCAGGACAUCUGCUUGACACCUUUGGCUCCAUAUAACAAUAACUGUACCAUCUUGAGUGUCUUAAACUACUUCCAAAACAGUCAUGCUGCCCUUGAUCAUUCUGUUGGUGAUGACUUUUACGUGUAUGCUGACUACCAUAGCCACUUCCUGUAUUGCACUAGGGCUCCAGCUUCACUGAAUGAUACAACUAUGCUCCAUGAUCCCUGCUUGGGCACAUUUGGUGGACCAGUUUUUCCUUGGCUGGUUCUAGGAGGAUAUAAUGGGGAUGAUUAUAACAAUGCCACAGCACUGGUGAUCACUUUCCCUGUAAAUAAUUAUCACAAUGACACUGAGAAAUUGAACAAAGCUUUGGCUUGGGAGAAGGUAUUUAUUGAUUUUCUGAAAAAUUAUAAUGACUCCAACUUGACCAUUAAAUUCUCUGCUGAACGGAGCAUUGAAGACGAGAUAAAUCGCGAGAGUAACAGUGACAUCAUCACAAUUAUCAUUAGCUAUGCUGUCAUGUUCUUGUACAUCUCCAUUUCCCUGGGGCACAUCAAGAGCUGCUGGACUUUCAUGGUAGACUCUAAGAUUUCUCUGGGAGUUGCUGGUAUUGUGAUUGUCCUGAGUUCGGUGGCCUGUUCUCUUGGGAUUUUCAGUUAUGCUGGUAUCCCCCUCACACUGAUUGUGAUUGAAGUCAUCCCCUUUUUGGUGUUGGCAGUUGGUGUGGACAACAUCUUUAUCAUCGUUCAGACAUUUCGGAGAGACAAACGUUUACAGAAUGAAUCACUCGACCAUCAGAUUGGCAGAGUUCUGGGGGAAGUAGCACCAAGUAUAUUCCUUUCAUCCUUCUCGGAGACUGUGGCAUUCUUUCUGGGUUCUUUAUCAACAAUGCCAGCCGUUCGCACCUUCUCCCUUUUUGCAGCAAUGGCUGUAUUCAUAGAUUUUAUACUCCAGAUAACCUGCUUUGUAAGUCUCUUUGGGCUGGAUGUUCAGCGACAAGAGAGUAAUCGUAUGGAUAUCGUGUGUUGUGUGAAACAAGAAAAAGUUAGUAGUCAUUCAGAAGAAUGCCUCUUCAGAGGUUUCAAACAUAUAUAUGCACCCUUUUUAUUAUCAAACUGGGUGAGGCCCACUGUGAUAUCUGUGUUUGUUGGUCUCCUGUCAUUUAGUAUUGCAGUACUAAACAAAGUUGAGAUUGGGUUAAAUCAGAGUUAUUCAAUGCCAGAUGACUCGUAUGUGUUGCACUACUUUGAAUCGAUGGCAGAGUACUUGCAUGCAGGCCCUCCUGUCUACUUUGUGAUUGAAGAAGGACAUAAUUACACUUCUUUGGAAGGACAGAAUAUAGUCUGUGGCGGUGUUGGCUGUAACAAUGAUUCACUUGUCCAACAAAUUUAUACCGCUGCUCUGCUGGACAACUAUACAAGAAUUGGUUUCCCACCAUCAUCAUGGAUCGAUGAUUACUUUGACUGGGUGAAGCCACAAUCAACCUGCUGCAGAGUCUACAAUACUUCAGAGAAGUUCUGCAAUGCAUCAGUUGUUAAUUCAUCAUGUGUUCACUGCCGUCCAUUGACUAGAGAGGGAAAACAAAGGCCUUAUGGAGAAGACUUCAUGACUUUUCUUCCCAUGUUUCUGUCUGAUAAUCCAAGCCCAAAAUGUGGCAAAGGGGGCCAUGCAGCAUACGGCUCUGCAGUGAAUCUGCUUGAGAACAAUACAGCUGUGGGAGCCACUUAUUUUAUGACUUAUCACACAGUGCUGAAAACAUCUGCUGACUUCAUUGCUGCUGCUGAGAGUGCACGUAUUUUGGCUGAAAACAUAACUGAAUCCAUGAACAUUUCUCACAAAGGCUAUCGUGUCUUUCCAUACAGUGUGUUUUAUGUAUUUUAUGAACAAUACUUUACCAUUGUGAAAGACACAAUUUUCAACAUCUGCAUGUCACUGGGAGCUGUAUUUGUUGUGACUACAAUCCUGCUGGGCUGUGAAGUCUGGUCUGCUGUGAUCGUCUGCAUCACUAUUUCUAUGAUAAUCACAAACAUGUUUGGAGUUAUGUGGUUGUGGAACAUCAGCCUUAAUGCAGUCUCAUUAGUAAACCUGGUUAUGUGUUGUGGUAUUUCGGUUGAGUUCUGUAGCCAUAUUGUUCGUGCAUUUUCUGUCAGUUUGAAGAAAACCAGGGUGCAGCGUGCUGAGGAAGCACUAGCAAAUAUGGGUAGUUCGGUAUUUAGUGGCAUCACACUGACUAAGUUUGGAGGUAUUGUGGUCCUGGCAUUUUCCAAAUCCCAGAUUUUCCAGAUCUUCUACUUCAGGAUGUACUUGGCAAUUGUGCUUUUGGGAGCUGCUCAUGGCCUCAUUUUCCUUCCAGUAUUACUAAGUUACAUAGGACCACCCUUGAACAAAGGAAAAGUUUCUGCACUGCACAACCUCUACAAGAACACUGAACAGGAGAGACUGUUGAAAUAAACCAACAUUGACCAAGAACUUCAGCAUCAAAGACUAACUAAUGCAUCCUAAAUGAUGAUAUUCAAAGGAUUUUGCACUUUAAUGCAGAAAUUGUGGCAUUCUGUACCCUGGAAAUCAGCUAGUUUGCUACAGCACAAGUUAUUUAAGGACUGUCCAGUUUUAUUGGAUUAGUAAUAUCUUAACUGGUAGUUCAGUCAAAGUGAAUCUAUAAAACUGAAUGCAAGAUUUUCUCUUUCCAGUUGACCUGUUGAAGAAUGACACUGGGAAGUGACACUAAUACAUAUUUUUAAUACAUGCCAAAAUCAUGUAGAUAAUUUUUAUGGUCCUUUUUAUAUGCACAUUAAUAAAAGUUUCUAGACAUUCA